UUCGCAUGUAAGAGAACACGCAAAAUGUUGUCUCUGAUAAUUCCGUUUCUUUUUAGUGGUUUGAUUGUAGUUCAAGCUCGUGAUGGGCUUGGAAAAAAUGGUGACCAUGAACUGUUGACAAAAGCGAAUGGGAGUUAUGAAGAAAAAAAUGAUGCUAUUAAUGAGCUGCGAAAGACACAACAACAACAAGAGGCAAAAAUCGACACCCUGAUGAGUGUCAUAGAUGAGAUGAAGCGCAUUCAAAACCAAAAAGAUGAAACAAUACAUAAAAUACAACUUGAUCUGGAUAAUUUACGGUUUGAAAACAGUCAAUUAACACAGUCGUUUUCAAAAUGCGCUGGACAAAUUCAAUCAAUAUCGGGCUCAUUGCAACAUUUGGAGAAGACCAAUAAGGGCUAUGAGCAACUGAUGAAUGAAAAUACAAUGAAAACAUUCGAGGCUGGAGCAAAUGCUUUGUUGGAAGAUGAAGCGACUAUCAAUGAAACGAGGUCUCAGUCCGAAUACUUUGGGAAAAUAAGUAUAAUGAGCACCGAUGAAUCCAAACGGGAAGAAACAACGCAACACAAUGAUGGAGAAGAUGCCGUCAAACGAACAGUUAGUGGACGCCACGCUGGAACAGAUUUGGUGGCUUUCUUUGCAACCUUAAGCCAAACAGCUGAACAUCUUGGCGAACACCAGAACGUGUUGUUCGACAAUAUCAUUACAAAUGUGGGUUCAGGCUAUAAUCAACAUCUGGGAGGUUUCACAGCACCUGUCUCAGGGGUGUACGUUUUCAUGACAACAUUGCUGUCCCAAAAUGGACACAAUGCCCAUUUUCAAUUGGUUCGCAAUGGCCACGUCGUUUGUAAUAUGUACGUUGGUGGCACUGGCGGUGCUGCAAACCAUGAUACAAGUGCUGGAAGCUUUGUCCUGCAACUUAGCAAGGGUGAUGUUGUUGCCAUACAGAAUUUGGAUUCUGGGGAGAUCCUAUUCGGAUUUAAUUACUCGUAUUUCUCUGGGUUCCUUUUGAAGGCAAUUGAAGAGGAUCCUUCGAUCAUAGGAUAAAUCAGCAAUCGAAAUACAAUGUAAACAAUGAUAAUAAAAUAAUGAAAACUG